AUGUGGACCACUGCCCGUCGGUCUCGGUUUGGACCAGAGGGUGAGAACAGUUCAAUAUUUGAAGAUCCAUAUAUUCUAACCAGUUCAGCAGAUGGAGAUGGAAGAAGAGCUAGCCCAACUACAUGGACUGUUCCUAUGAAGCGGGCUAUGUUAGAAGCAUUGGUGGCUGGAGCUAGGGAAGGCAAGCGUGAUGGAAAUGGAUUUAAGAAAGAGGUUUUCAAAUCCGCUGUGGAUGAAGUUAAUAAGCUCUAUUGCUCUGUUUCUCCAGGUGGUUCGGAGAAGAUACCACUAGCGGUUGGUCGCAUAAAGUAUAAAAUAAAAGUUAAAUAUCGCGGUGCUAAGGACUUCAGAUAUUACACCCUACGCCACUAUGAAAAGUUAGAAUUGCUUUAUGCUGGUAGGCUAGCUCCUGAGGAACUCGCACUACCCCCAGGUGACUCGAAGAGAGAAACUGCUGUCGAACGCGUACAGAAGCACUAUCAUCAUUGGGAUGCACACAGGAUGAUUGCCGCAAUGAGCAUUUUCUCAGAUGAGGCAAAAGCUCAAAUGUUUUGCGGUAUGAAACCUGGUGCAACCCGUGAUGCUUGGAUCAAUCGAGAGAUUAAAUUCUAUGAAAAUGACUUCCAGCCCUGA